AUGAGCCCAAUUACUAUUGGGAAAAAAAAGUACAGUACAGAAACUAUUGUAAGAUCAUUUGAAUACUUUGCAAUUUCGAGAUCGUUAUAUGGAAGGUUAAGUGGAGAUUAUGGACUUCCAAAGAAAAAAGGCGUCAUUAUACCUCAGUUCAAAAAUAGUUUUCCAGAUAGUGAUUGGAUUCGAUCUUUUUUAAAAAGAAAUCUAGAACUCUCAGUAAGAUUUGCAAGCAACAUAAAGCGAAAGAGAGCAGAAAUAGGAACGACUGUAAUUGAUAACUACUUUAUAAAUCUAUCAAAUGAAACAAGUAAUAUAUCACCUGAUAAUAUAUGGAACUAUGAUGAAACCAAUCUCAGUGAUGAUCCAGGUAAAAAAAAAAAAAUAUUAACAAAGCGUGGAUGUAAGUAUCCUGAGCGCAUCAUUAAUUCUACAAAGACCUCAUUCUCUGUAAUGUUAUGCGGUAAUGCUAAUGGUGAAUUGCUACCAUCUUAUGUUGUUUACAAAGCUGAGUCGUUAUGGAAUACAUGGAUAGAAAAUGGGCCACCAAAAGCAAGUUAUAACAGAUCAAAAAGUGGUUGGUUUGACUCAACAUGUUUUAAGGACUGGUUUUUCUCUUUACUUCUUCCAAGACUUAAGAAGGCUCAAGGAAGAAGUGUCAUUAUAGGUGAUAACGUAUCUUCACAUUUGAGCAUUGCAAUACUGGAUACAUGUCAAAGCAAUAACAUAGGAUUUGCGGCAUUACCAGCAAACUCUACACAUCUCACGCAGCCUCUAGAUGUUGCCUACUUUAGAUCUAUGAAGAUUAACAGGCGCAAAAUAUUAUGUGAAUGGAAGGAGAAAGGAAAAGGAAGGAGAGUUGCUUCUCUUCCCAAACAUGAAUUUCCUCGACUUUUAGACCGUUUAAUUACCAACUUAAAUGAACAUGGGAAUGAUAACCUUAGAGCUGGUUUUUGCAAAACUGGAAUUUUUCCAUUAGACAAGUCUCAAGUGCUUUCACGAUUACCAUGUUGUAAUGUAGGUUUAGGCUCAACUACUGAUUUAGUAGCCAAUCAUUUUUAG